AUGGUCAAAGUUCUCUUGACUGGAGGCAGUGGCUUCAUCGCCGCCCACAUUGUUGAUAUCCUCCUACAGCAUGGUUUUGACACCGUUGUCACUGUCCGGUCAGAAGAAAAGGGCAAACAAAUCCUUAAGGCCCAUCCGGACGUGUCGAAGGAGAAACUUUCUUAUGUGCUAGUCAAAGAUAUUGCCCAAGACGGCGCAUUUGACGAGGCUGUCAAAUCGAGCCCUCCGUUUGAUUAUGUCCUUCAUACAGCGUCACCUUUCCAUCACAAUGUCCAGGACCCAGUGAAGGACUUCCUUGAUCCUGCCAUUAAGGGAACCACUGGUAUUCUCAAGGCAAUCAAAGCAUACGCCCCAACUGUGAAACGAGUGGUGAUCACGUCAUCUUUUGCUGCUAUUGUGAACCCCAACCAGCACGCCAAGGUCUAUAGUGAGAAAGUAUGGAACCCUAUCACAUGGGAAGAGGCCAAAGACCACUCAAUGGUCUACCGGGCUAGCAAGACCUUUGCCGAGAAAGCAGCCUGGGACUUCGUCAAGAAUGAGAAGCCGAACUUUGAUAUUGCGACCAUCAAUCCACCCCUAGUAUUUGGUCCAAUCGUUCCUUAUCUUAACUCCCUUGAGACCAUCAACACCUCAAAUCAGCGCAUGAGAAACCUUGUUCAGGGAAAGAUGAGAGAGAAGAUUGAGCCGACGGCUACGUUCCUCUGGGUGGAUGUGCGUGAUGUUGCGCUUGCACAUGUCAGAGCCAUUGAAGUUCCUGAGGCAGGGGGUGAGAGGUUCUUCGUAACUGCUGGCCACUUCUCCAACAAGGAAAUUGCGGACAUUGCUCGCGAGACCCACCCCCAGCUGGAGUCCAAGCUGCCCCCCACAGACGCCCCCAGCGACCUCCCGGCAGACAUUUAUGGUAUUGACAACAGCAAGUCGCAAAAGGUUCUCGGCCUUAAGUAUCGUCCGUUGAAGGAGACAGUCUCGGAUACCAUCAAUUCUAUUCUAGCUGUUGGUGUUUGA